GAUUAUCGGGGAUCACUACCUUCAUCAUUGUCAAGCAGUUUAUGAGCAGGAUUGACGAAUAGAAAUUAUUGCUUCUAAUCGGCAUUGAGCUCUCUUCUGUUUGAUUCUUGUUUACAAUAGCAUUAAACAUGUCUUUCGGUGCCAAACUGUUGCGUAAUGUUCGGCAAUGUGUGAAUUUUGCAAAUGUCGGAGGCGUCCGAACGAGUUGGAUCCAUACUGCGGGCACCCUUAAUGUUGCCCAGGUUCAGAAGCCUGCACCGGCAUUUAGCGGUACGGCCGUAGUGAAAAAUGACUUCAAAGAAAUUAGGCUUGAUGAUUUCAAAGGAAAAUAUCUUGUUUUAUUCUUCUAUCCGUUGGAUUUCACAUUUGUCUGCCCGACUGAGAUAAUUGCGUUCAGUGAUCGCAUUCAAGAGUUUCGCGCCUUGAAUACGGAAGUGGUUGGCGUAUCCGUGGAUUCCCAUUUCUCUCAUCUAGCUUGGAUUAAUACUCCUCGUAAAAGCGGUGGCCUUGGCAAUCUGGAAUAUCCUUUGUUGGCUGAUUUGACAAAACAAAUUUCCUCCGAUUAUGGCGUACUGUUGGAUGCUGGAAUCUCUUUGCGUGGACUUUUCAUUAUUGAUCCAAAUGGAAUAGUGCGUCAAAUAACAAUUAAUGACUUGCCGGUAGGAAGAUCUGUCGAUGAAACAUUGAGGCUGCUUAAGGCAUUCCAGUUUGUUGAGAAACAUGGUGAAGUGUGCCCCGCUAAUUGGGAUCCCAAGGGCAAUGCUGAUACGAUAAAACCGGACCCAAAGGGUUCCAAAGAUUAUUUUAAAAAACAUGGUUAGAAUCAACAGAAAAUAGACUAAUUUUGCUCACUAUGA